AUGCCCUCCUCGUCGAGCAGCUCCUCGGCAGCUGCCUCGGGUGGCCCACCUAGUGGGGAGACGACGAGUCCGGAGCGGCGAGGGCGGAAGAGCUCCACCCCCACCAAAAACGCGAGCGUGAGCAGCCCCCGAAGCCGACAGAUGGCACGAAAAUCAACCGGUGCUGCCAGGCCAGCGACGUCGUCCUCCUCGUCCUCCACCCCGCCAGAAAAGAAAAAGCGAAAGUUUCGACCUGGCGCGAAAGCCCUACGCGAGAUACGCAAAUACCAGCGCACCACCGACCUCCUCAUCCCCAAGAUGCCCUUCGCCCGCCUGAUCAAGGAGGUUGCGUCCAACGUCUCGUAUGGACUGGAGCCCUUCCGCUGGCAAGCCCAAGCGCUGCUCGCCCUCCAGGAGUCUGCCGAGCACUACCUCACCCUCCUCUUUGAAGACGCUAACCUCUGUUGCAUCCAUGCCAAGCGGGUCACCAUCAUGACCAAAGACAUCCAGCUCGCGCGACGAAUACGCGGCCCACGAGAAGCCCUCUUCUGA